CUUGCUACUACAUGUAUUUUGGUUCAGAAAGGUGAUAGUUUCUCGACGACCAUCCAGGCGCCUUCUGUCCCAUCCCAUCAAUGUGAUUUCUUUGCGCAACUGCACAGCGGGGAUGUUCGUCGAGUUCAGCACAGAGCUCUAGUACCGAUGUGCUACUAAGUAGUCAAUGACGACAGGUAAGGUCGCGGUUUCUCGGUGAUGUACUGGAAUGCGAAUGCAUCCGGGUCAGAGACUCAAUCAGGCAUAUGGAUGUUACUAGUAGUCGGCUUAUCACAAUGCUCGCCAAGCUUAGGUGCCGUCGUGUGGCAAGGCGUGCUGCAGCCCCACCACUGUUCUCGCCAGGCCUCGUCAUGCCAAUCCGCGCCUUUUGGCCAUGACAACAUGAACCUGCCGCUUACUAUAAAAUGGGCUCUCUCACCUCGCCUGCAUUCUCCGUUUCCAAGAUCGCCGUCAUAGGGGCUGGGCCCUGCGGUCUCGCGGCGGCCAAAUAUCUCAAGGCGCAGGGCUCCUUCAGCCAAGUCACCGUCCUGGAGCAGCAGGAUGAGGUGGGCGGCGUAUGGAACUACAAGGAGGAAACGCCCGGUCCUUCGCCUAUUCCUCAACAGGAUCCUUUCUUACGGCCGGAUGAGCCCUUGAAGCAGGAUGGAAGCAAGGCGCCGAUAUUCCCAUCGCCAAUGUAUCACAAGCUGCACGCCAAUAUCCCAGGCCAGCUCAUGCGAUUCUCCGAUAAGGCGUUCCCCAAAGAUGCCUGGGUGUUCCCGUCACGAGAGUACAUCCAAAACUAUUUGCUUGAGUACGCAAAGGAUGUCCGGGACCUGAUCCGCUUCUGCUACCAAGUGACACAUAUCGACCUUGCGGCAAAGGACGGACAUGACCGCUGGAGGGUUCAAGCUACUUCGACAAUAGGGCAGGGCGAGCUUGAUGAGACCUUUGAUGCCGUUGUCAUUGCCAACGGACACUACGCCACGCCCUUUAUUCCUGCCAUCAGCAAUAUCAAGGAUUUCUCGAAGCGCUAUCCUGGAAGCAUCAUCCACUCCAAGCAUUUUCGACGGCCCGAUAUGUACAGAGGCAAGAAGGUUGUCGUUGUCGGGAAUGGACCGUCAGGGACGGAUAUCGCACUUCAAAUCAACGGCGUCUGCAGGCAGCCCGCCCUCUUGUCCGUCAAAGAGGCCACGCCAGAGGAGCGGCUCUUGCAUACUGGCUGUCGAGAAGUGCCGCAGAUCAGCGAGUUCCUCGUCGAGCAACGAGGUGUGCGCUUUGCUGAUGGCUCGGUGGAAACCGACAUUGACGCAGUCGUCUUCUGCACAGGGUUCAUGUACAGCUAUCCCUUUCUAGACAAGAAGCUUGGGCUCAUCACGGACGGCAAAGGGGUGCACGGGCUGUACAAGCACCUGAUCCACAUUGAGCAUCCGACACUGGUUUUCCCGGGGUUAAACAUCAAAGCCAUUCCCUGGCCCACUGCCGAAGCGCAGGCGUCCGUCUUCGCGGCGCUCUGGGCCAACACACUCGCCUUGCCAUCGAAAGCCGAAAUGCGGCAAUGGUCACAAGAUCUGGAGAAACGAAAAGAGAGCGCGCUUCACGUGUUCAGUCCGCUGGAGGAUGGCCACUACAUCAAUGAGCUACACGAUUGGGCGGCGCAGGCCAGUUUUCUGGGUAAAGAAGGGCCGCGGUGGGAUGAUGAGAAGUUCUGGGAGAGAAAGGUGUACGCGGAUGCGAAACUGCGCUUCGAGAAGGCGGGUGGCACAGCCAAGACACUGGACGAGCUGGGUUUGCGGUAUGAGCCGGAGAGGACAAUAUGAGGGGGAUGGUAGUAUUGUUGUUGGCGUGCAUGGUGACGAUCAUGUAGUAGCGCAGUGCACGGACGGACAUGGUGAUCAAUGUCAAGAUGAAGCCUGAAAGGCAGAAGACAAUCUGACAGCUACGGUAUAAAGAUCGGGUCCAGUCCCUUGUCCGGCGGACUCCGCAACCCCGGCCAAGCCAUACCUUGCAAUUGACGGAGUGACCUCGAUGGGGGCCCCUCUUGGAUUUGUCAGGCUCACCCGUCCAUGAUCCUUAUCUACGAUCAUCGACUUGACUCUCUGUGUUUGCUUGCUUGCUCCACCUCCUACUUGCUCCUCGACACAUACUUUCGCUCUUUUACUUUGCGUCACUUCCAGCAACUCUUCUCGACAGGAUCAAAUCACACGGCUCUCACGGGCAGACGACAAGCAGACAUGACGCCACACUCUGAGCCGCUGG